AAUUCUAUUCAACAAUUUAAUCCCUCGCUUGUUUCUGGGCACCGGCAGCCGCGGCACCAACUACCCAGCGCCCACACACCCCAACUACCACACCCCACCCAGCUACCACGCCUCAGCAGACGAGACAAGCACAUCAGAACGCCCUUCCUUGGCAAAUUGGCAUCGCAGCAGCAGAGCAUACAGAGCGAAAUCAAUGGCGCCGGUGAAGGUGUUCGGGUCGGCGAGGUCGACGAACGUCGCGCGGGUGCUGGUGUGCCUCGAGGAGGUGGGCGCCGAAUACGAGCUCGUCAACAUCGACUUCCGGGCCAAGGAGCACAAGGGUCCCGAGCACCUCGCCAGAAACCCGUUUGGCCAAAUCCCGGCGUUCCAGGACGGUGAUGUCGUGCUCUUCGAGUCCCGAGCGAUCGCAAAGUACAUCCUCCGGAAGUACAAGUCAGCCGAGGCCGACGACCUCCUGCGCGACGGCGACCUCAAGGAGGCAGCCAUGGUGGACGUGUGGACGGAGGUGGAGGCGCACCAGUACCACCCGGCGCUGUCGCCGGUGGUGUACGAGUGCCUCAUCUACCCGGCGACGCGCGGCGUCCCCACCAACCACAAGGCCGUGGACGAGAGCCUGGAGAAGCUCGGCAAGGUGCUCGACGUCUACGAGGCGCGGCUGUCCAAGCACGCCUACCUGGCCGGGGACUUCGUCAGCGUCGCGGACCUCAGUCACUUCCCGUUCACCUUCUACUUCAUGGCGACGCCGCACGCGUCGCUCUUCGACUCGUACCCGCACGUCAGGGCGUGGUGGCAGAGGCUCGUGGAGAGGCCGUCCAUGAAGAAGCUCGGCGCCACCAUGGCUGCUGCUGCCGGUAUCAAGCAGGCUUAAUUGAGCGCACGGGCAAACGUCCGUUGCCGAUUUCUGUGUUGUGUUGUGUUGCCCGAUCGUAAUAGUAAUAAUGUAAGCGGCAGCUAGCUAUCUUUGUGUGCGCGCGCUUCGUUGUUGUACCUGGAUUACUGCACGCUUGUGCAAUCUUAUUCAAUCGCGUCUUGUUUGGAAUUAUGCUGCCCUGCAUAUGGAACGUCGUUCAGAUUUAUUUA